AUGCGAGCCAAGCUUCCGCCGGAGGUGGUCAUCGACACCUACCACGCUGCCUUUGGUCUGGACGAAAAGCCCGGGGCGGCGGCGGUCGGCUUGGCGCAGUACGCCUUGGUCAUCAUCGACGAAAUCUCGCAGAUGCAGGCCCAUCACUUCGAGCACGUCUGCAAGCUGUGGGCCCAAGCCGACAAUUUCCCGGUGAUCCUCCUGGUGGGUGACGAGCUUCAGAUGUGCGGCUUCGGCGACCGCCGGGCCUGGACGCCUCCCCACAAGUUGGAUGUUGCGGCCGUGCAGAAGCUGCUCAAAUCCCAUCCCGAUACGGUGAUCUUGACCUGCACACGGAAGGGGGCGCAGACCAUCAACGAGCUCGCCCUCCAGCUGUUUCCGCGCUUCCCUCCGCUCGCGGUCCUGGAUGGAGAUGUGGCUUCCAAUCCCGAGAAUUACGACGACGGAGCCCUGCUAGAAGACCUGCGCGCCUUGCGCCCGCUCCGCCUGCCCAUCUUCAAGGGAAUGCGAGCGAUCUUCACGCACAAUGUCCGCAAAGACGUCGACUUCGUAAACGGCAUGGCCUGCGUGGUGCAAGGCUAUGAGGGUCGCACCAAGCUCGGCAACCUCAGCUACUAUCCCUUAAAGGCGGGGUAUGCCGACACCAUCAUCAAAUACCAGGGCGCAGAGCUGAAUCACGUCACGGCCUUCUUGGAUUGCCCGGGGGUCCCUGGGGCGGCCUACACCGCCCUCAACCGAGUCAGCUUUGGCAAGGACGUGCUGGUCGGUGGUGUGGUGACCGCCGCGCACUUUCAACCGGUCGACGAGUCCUGA